CCAGGAAAACCUAGGUACGACAGGAAGCGGUGCGCAAGAAGCCAAGAACCGGAAAAGUGAAUACAAACUAUGAAGAGAAGCGAGAAGUAGGGAAAGGGUAUUUGGCGCCAUUAGACCACUACAGUCUACAGAAACCAGCACACCGCUGCCAUGAUUACCAGAGCUUUACACCGUCUCCGAUCUCCGAUCACCACCUCCUUCAUCCACCACCUAAACGGCGUCAGCCACCUCUCCUCAUCCGCUGCUAUUGACCCUGCGGCGCAACCGCACAGAAACUCCGCCGCCGCAUCCGAUGCUGACACUCCCAAAUCCGCUCGUCCUUCCACUAUAACGUGGGAGCCACGGCUUCAUAACUCCGCCAGCUUUAUUGGGACUGUCGAAUUCCCUCUAAAGCAAUAUGCUACCCAGGAUGAGCACCUUGGUGUUUACACUUCCCUUCGUGUGAAAACCUCUCCUCAUUCUGAUACUUCUUUCUGUAUAAGUCUCGAGAUGUGGGGUGCGUUGGCUGAGAGAGCUUUGCUGCAUUUGAAGCAAAAGGAUUAUAUAUACGUUUCUGGUGAACUGGGAUCAUAUACAAAAGCAACUUCAGACGGGAAAGAAAGUUUGAAAUAUAAGGUGACUGCAAAGGAAUUAAAUUAUGUAAAGCUAGAUGAGUCUGGGAAGCACUCGGAUCACCAGCAAAAGGAAAGAGAGGCACCCGGGAAAAAUUCUCCGAGAGUUUUGGAUUCAGAAAAAGAAAGUGGUGAGCAUUUAGGCGAAUCUGGCUUGCAAAUGAAAAAUAACCGGUUUCACUUGUGGCAAAUAUUAUUCGCCAAUCCAAAUGAAUGGUAUGACAAUCGGAAAAAUAAAAGGAAUCCAAAGCAACCAGAUUUCAAAAAUAAGAGUACUGGUGAAGCGCUCUGGUUCAACGAAAGUGAUCCGUCAUGGGUUAAAAAACAAAUUGAAUUACUUGACUCAAGACUUUCAGGAAGCUCAAAUUAUGACAUGACUUCCAAACUUUACCCAUCCAGAUUUGUGACAGACGAGCUGUUGAUGGUGCCAAACCCUAUGGUGGCAGUAAGGGAAUUAGAUGAUGCUAAGCCAGAUGAACCUGAGAGAAAUUUCCAAACAGUCGUGAAUUCAGGCCAAAAAACAGCUGAACUUUUAGACGAGACUUCCUUGCAAAAGAAAAAUAAUCGGCUUCUCUUGUGGCAAACAUUCUUCGCGAAUCCAGAUGAGUGGUAUGACAACCGGAAAAAUAAGAAGAACCCAAAGCAACCAGAUUUCAAGCAUAAGAGUUCUGGUGAAGCACUCUGGCUUAGUGAACGAGGUCCUGAAUGGAUUAAUAAAAAAAUUGAAGAACUUGACUGUAGAGUUUCAGGAAGAGCAAAGGAAAAAGAGACAUCCAAAUCUUCCCAAACCAAAUGGGUGUCUGAAGAGAUGUUAAAAGAGGUACACCCUACCAGAAGCAAGGUAGAUUGUCAAUGAUAUAAGAAACACAAAGAUUUCCAAUUAGUAAUGCCAAGUGUGUAUUUUCUAAAGAGUGAAAAGGAAAUUUAUGUUAAGUUAUAGUCAUGGUUUGUAAUAGUGAUGUACACUUGGCGUUUUUAUUUAAUGUAUGAUAUUUCCAACUUGCUGGCA